AUGGCUUCCACAACCUCAUCAAUCGCCGCCCCAGCUCUCCCCGCGCACCCUUCUCCUCAACCGGCUCACGCUAGAAAACACGCGCCGGUGGCGCUUCCAACGCGGAGGUACUGCCUGGUGCUGCUCACGACCGCCACGGCGGCGCUGACGGCGGUGGAGAUGCCCGCUGGAGCGCAGGACAUACCGCUCUUCGGGCUGCGGCGGGGCCUGCGCAAGGCGGAGGAGGAAGCGGAGCAGAUCGUUAAGGAAGGGUUUGAGGCGGUGGACAAGGGAAUCGUAGCGGCGGAGAAGGGGAUCGAGGCGGCCGAGGAGGGGGUCGUGACGGCGGAGAAAGGGAUCGAGUCGGCAGAGAAGGGAAUCGAGGAGGCGGUGAGCUUUGGGGGCCUGGCGCAGGCCGGAGCCGUCGCCGGAGCGGAGACGAUCGGAGUACUGGUCGCCACGUCUGUCGUGAAUGGGAUUAUAGGGCCGGAAGCUCAAAAAUCAUGA